GGUCCAGAGCAACCAUCGGUCUCCCAGGAAAUCUAGCACUCUGACCUCCGGGCCUGUAGAUCUGAUCAGGAGGCCGCGACCCAUGCAGGCCAUGCCCGGGGACUCCCCAGCACUGUGGGAGCUGGUGGAGGAGCAUGUUCCACUCCCGGAGCGGCCUGAAGUGAAGAGGAUUCUGGGGGAGGCAGCAGUGGACCUGAGUCUGGAGUUGCGAGAGGAGGGACCAGACCCAGAUGUGGGCCCAGUAUAGUCCCAGGGUCCUUCGCUUUGCCUUAGAGGAUACCAGGUGUGACUCAACACAACAGGAACUCCCGAUGAGAGCUGAUGAGCCCAGGGCUGGAAUGAACAACACAGAGAGGGUGAUGGUAACCUCACCUGUCAGCACCUGUCCCAGGGACCUCACUGUCAUCAAGGACCAACUGAAUGUGUCUAAUAUUGACCAAGUUGUCAGACACCUGAGAAGCCUUCUGGAGGAAGAGUGUCACAUGUUGCAGAACGAGAUCUCUGACCUGCAGCACUGUCUGGAAAUGGAGCAGAUGCAGGCUUGCCAGCCCUCUAAGGACACCCAAAUGCCUACCCUGGGAGAGAUUAAGGAUCAGAAGGCGGCCAUGGAACGGGAGCUACAGGUCUCUCUGGGGCCUUCCUGUACCGCUGCCAAGCACAGGCAGAAGCCUUUGAGGUCAUCCAUUCCCAGCCUUAGACCCUUCCCUUGUCUCCAUGGCUACAUGCCUACACCUCCUUCGGAGCGCUGCCCCCACCCUCAAGGACAGACAAGCACCCGCCGCUGGGGACGGCAACUUCGGUACAGCUAUCGCAAAGAGACAACUUCCACAUCAGUUUCCAGUGCAGCAUCCCAGGCACCGACCUGAAGGGUCACAAAACAGGCUUCUGCUGAGACUCGCCCAUCUGUUGUUGCCUCCAGCUGCCACAGCUCCAUUUCUGCUUCAUUCUCAGAUGCGCUCACAUGUUUCUCCCUCCCUCCCCCAGCUGUGUGUUGGUCUGGUCCCAGCCCCACCCCUUGUCAGGUCAGUGCUAUCUAGAACUGAGUGGCAGGACACCUGUUCUAACCAUCAAAGCCUUUGGCCCCUUCUCCUCUGCACAAGCCUCCACAGAGCCUUGGAGGACAGAGGUUCCCAUCCCAGCUUGACUUUCGUCCCCUAGGGACCCAGACAAAGCACAUCAGCAGCUCAGAGACAGGAAUAGAAAUUUCAUUAAAACCUACGGACUUUAAAACCCUAGUUCUGCACACACUGGGCAGCGGCGGGCGGCACACCGUUAUUGCUACAGAGGAUUAGAAGUGGCUUGGCCAGGGCUGUCACUGCAGAGGGCACAGAGGACGGACAAACGGACUGCGGGUCUUGGGAGAAGGUGCUCUGACUGCAGAGGGGGGACGGGCACAUGGACUGAGGCCAUUUGGCACAUUGAAUGGGGUUAGCACGUCUGGGAAGACUGGGCCUCCGACCUGGUGGAGGGUGGGCAAGGGAAUGUGGAACAGGGUCCCCUUCCCCAGGGCUCUGGGCUCAAGCUUCCUACAGAGAAGUCCCCUUCUUUCCCUCCAUAAACAAGUGCUUUGGGCAGGCUGCUGGGUCGUGGGCCUUUGCUGGCUGGGCCUGACAACCAGGGUUGGAACAAAGGAUAGAGACCCUGGAGCAGCCAAGUGAGGUGCAGGCAGGCCUGGAAGACACACUGGACCCAAGGCUGGGGCAGGGGAUGGCAACCACAGGUAAUACAAUUUAAAAAAAAA